AUGCCCGCAAGAUGGAACCCUAACUGGUUCUGCGAGCCCAGGUUUUCUUUCACCGCGGCCCUGAUUGCGGUGGCUAGGAUCAUGGACUCCAAUUCUGGCUUCCAAAAGUUCAGUAAGAAUCAAGAAUCACAAAUAAAAGCACUGCCGCCGGCGCUCAUCGAGACGCAUCUUCCUGAAUUUUCAACUCCCCAACCGGCUCACUUGUCAAGCAAAGCUGUUUGGUCUUUCACUAUGGGUGAUAAACCUGGGAACCCCGAUGUUGAUGUAGAGGCUGAGGUGAUCAGAUUCCAGGCCGAGCAAGAUCACGCAGCGAUUACCUUUUUGUUCAGGAAACGAGUCUUCCAUCUUGCCAUCGUCCGCUCCGCGAUCCCGGACAGCGUUGCCAGACUCGAUAUUGUGCGACAGCUAUGGUCGGACACCCCGUGCAAGGGCGACACGAUCCGCAAUCUGACCUUCGAUUGCCGGCCAAUUUUCCGCAUCAGUGGGGCACAGGCCUCGACGAUCCUCGCAUCUCAUCUGGUAUCCAUGCAGGUGUCGUCCCAUGCCGGCCGCGCGCAUGGCAUCGAUCUCGGCGACCGGCGAUCCCUCACCAGUAGUCCUACACGGAUCGAGCUGGCGGAGCAAGGAAGGCUGAGCUCUGUGCCCCGAUUCACGCUGUCGGCGGCGGAGGUCGUGGAGGCGCGGUGGGUGCGCGAUGCAGCCAUCCACGAGGUGCAGGGAGUCAUGGGUCUGGACACGCCGUUUCCGGGGAUUUUGUUCCCUGACCGUCCGGAAAACGUGCUGCCCGACGAUAUCGAGCCCCCCAGCCCCUUGUUCAAGUCGACCUGGCGCGCAAAAUGGGUCUUCCCCUGUGGAGACGACCUCAUCUUCCGAUUCAACGUGCUGUGGACCCGUCCGCACUACGAGCAUCCCUACGAGGCCAGUAUCCAUGUCCCACUCGUGCGCCCACCCCCGGACUCGCAGUCCAGUGGGACUUUUGCCCACCUGAUCUUCGAGUCUCGAGACCGGCUGGUGAAUCAGCCACAGACCAGCCCGAUGCGCUGGCGCGUGGCGGAGGAACAGUGGAGCGAGAUGAUCGCCCGGAUCGGUGAGUAUCACUUCGACAUGAUGAUGACGAUGACCUCGCACCUCCCCAACCACUUCGAGCGCCUGCGGUCCCAAUUCAUCCCUAUCCGUCUCGGUCGCCCCAAUCGGACCCCGGUUCCUUCACCUGACGUGAGUGUUGGCGCUCCUGCCAGCGACAACACCGCCACCGCCACCAGCAGCAACAACUACACGGACGACCCCGUCACAUGGCCCAUGCUCCCGCCCUCAGCCCAAGCCCGCCUCCGCCACCUGCCCCAGUACGACACCUCAGCAGUCCGCAUCAACUUCGUAGUCCGAGCCGGAACGUACUACAACAUCACCAUCGACGGGGUGGAGAUGAUGUGCGACUUCCUGGACUGGCCCCAGCGGCUGGACGAGUGGGUGACCGGGGUGGAACGGCUGGAGCGCGCCAGCUCCAUGGCAGGUUCUUUCCACCCCUCGCGACGCGGGUGGUACCGGCAGCUCCGCGAGGCGGUCCGGUCCCUGCGGCGGCGCGGCGAGCUCUGGCCCGGCGAGCUGCACAAUGUCCUCAUCGAUGAGCCAAGUGGGAGCCUCUGGCUUCUGCGGUUCGCGCCCUGCGCGCCGCCGCGCUUACUUCUGGAUGUGCAAGUCUUGCGGGGAGCGCGCGAGUUGUUGGGGCUCGCGGAGUUGGAGCCGGAACCCGUUUUGGGAGAGGGUCUGGAUGCACUAUGA